AUGGCAAUUGAAAACUGGAACCGUGGAGCAGAAAACUGUUAGCCGAUUUGGGAACGCUGUUCUGUUUUCGAACCGAGAAACAGAAAUUUCCUUUUAGUUGUUUCUUAUCAUGAGGUUAUAAUCUUGGAUAAUCUAAAUAUUACCUUACUCAUUUGUUUUAUAAAUUAUUUAAAAUGUUUUCUAAGAAUUUAUUGUUAGUUUUUUUAAUUGUUUUUCCCGUCAUUACGUUACAUUUAUCUAAAGGUUUAGUUAGUGCUCAAAUUGAUAUAACUGAUGAUGAAGAAGCUGAUGUUGAAGAUCUACAACCUGAAUCAGAAGCUGCUGUUGUUGGAAAGGAAACUAAGGAAACCAGGGCUUUUACUGUCCCAUAUGGAGAAAAUCUAGGUGAAGAUGAAGAUUCGGAUGAUAAACCACUGAAAGCAUCUCCUGAUGCUGACACAACUUUUCUUUUUACUCAACCUGCUGGAAUAGUCUCAGAAUUGCCUGCUGGAAAAGAUGUGCAUUUCCUGGUAGGUUUUUCCAACAAGGGAAAUAAGGAUUUCAUUGUCGAUGCUAUGGAUGCUUCAUUUCGUUAUCCCAUGGAUUUCACAUUUUAUAUUCAAAAUUUCUCUGCCAUUCCAUACAAUAGAGUUGUCAAGCCUAAACAAGAUAUUUCUUUGUAUUAUGCUUUUUACACUAGUGAGACAUACAGUUCCCGUCCUUUUGGUUUAGUAGUUAACCUCUACUACAGAGACGCUGAUGGUCACCAAUAUCUAGAUGCUGUGUUUAAUGAAACUAUUACAAUUGUAGAAAUCGAAGAUUCACUUGAUGGUGAAACCUUUUUCCUCUAUGUCCUACUUGCUGCCUGCAUUGUUCUUAUAAUUGUUGUAACCCAACAGUUUUUGGUCAACUUUACUAAAAAGAAAAUUUCAUCUGGUCAAAAAAUUGAAACUGGUACUCAGAAUCAUCAAAAUGAUGUAGACUAUGAUUGGCUACCCAAAGAAACAUUGAAUGAUUUCAACAAGUCUCCGCGCCGAUCUGAAAGGUUGUCGCCCAGGAAGUCUAAGGCUCAGGGAAAGAAUGCUCAAGUAUCGCCACAACUACCCAAACAAGCUACACAGCGAAAAGUGAAGCGUGGUGCGAGAGAUGAAUGAACAGUUAGUUUUGUUUAAAAUAUGAAAGAAUGUUGUAAUGAUAAGUUGUGAUGUGAUUAAAGAGUGGACCAUGGGCGUGGUUUUUUAUAAA